GGGUAGGUUCUCUCAUAAUAUUCUCACAUGCUUCAUUCUUCUUAACUGGUUUGUCUUAGCAGCUCAUCUGUAGCCAGUGAAUGUUUGUCAAACAAAAUCCAUAGUGCAGUAACAAAUCUUGCAGGAUUGGUAACCACAACCCGUCACAUCUCUGUCAAACUAUCAUCAUUCAUGAUUGUGUUUCUUUUUAUUUAAUGCACUGAUUUUUAUACUGUUUGUUUUAUUUAAAACCUGUUUGGAUAAAAUAGUUUUAAAGUCCCAGCUUUGGCUCCUUCAUGCCUGCUGCCCGCAGGUGCAAUUUUUUUAUCUAUAGAAUACAGUUAAGUGAGAAUAUCAUCUAAACGACGGGAGUUAUUUUUCGAUUGGACAUUUGGAAGUCGUAUCCAGACAGUAGGCAGGUUUGAUUUAUUUAAAGAGGCACAAAUCAGACCAGUGAGCACCAAAAAUUCAAGUGUAAUUACUGUAAAACAGCUCUGUGUGCCUCUGCUGCUCUCCACUGAGUCUGGGUGUGUCAACAACAUGUCUGUCUCUGCCUUCAGUCCUUUAAGCAUCCAGGUGGUGCCUGACGUGAGCUGAAAUGACAGCUAUCUCCAUUCCUGUCACUCAUUCAUUUGUGUCCCUCCACCCAGCUUUUAUCUGUGCUCACCUGCUCUGCAUCGCUCGGUCUCUGCAAAAUGAGCCCAUCGUGCUCUGUUCUGUUAUCAUCCAUCCAGUUAAUUAACCAACAAUAAUGUAAAUGGGCUGUGUUUAGAAGCAGAGCAAUCUUGUCUUGAAGGCAAAUUUCCCACAGUCGUCUGUAAUAAUAACAUGCUGUCAUGCUUAAUAUUACUUAUUCAUAUUUGUGGAUUACAUAGACACAGUUUUUGUGUAUAUUUCUUCAUCUUUAACUCGAGUUACAUCCUAAUAGUUGAACGUCUUAAACUAACUGCAUGACUUUUGCUCUCAGUUCCCACCUGUCACAUCUGAUCAUGUGUUAAGAAGCCUCACCUGCCCUCAGCGGGGGUGGAUCUGCUUUCUCUGUUUCCCUCUGUCUCUUUGAAUCAGUGAAUCUCUCAGAGGAAUGGAUCCUACAGAGCUGUAACAUCAGCCAGUGUGUGGCUCAACUUAUUCUCUAGUAGGAGCAUUCAGCACUCAGGUUUUUGGCAUGUUAACAUUUAACCAAACUAGACAAUAGGACUUCAUUUCCAUCCAUCGUCCAUGGAUGCCUGCAACAGUGUGUCUGUACUGUGGUACAGGAAAUCCAAACCACAGGGGAAAGUGAGGCGACGGGUUCAAGAUCUCCGUGUUCCUUCUUCUUCGUACUACGACUUUAUAUCCAACAGACCCACUCUGGACCUGAGCCACAAUGAGAGCGCUCGACUUGCGGCAGACUGCCUGCUCAGUCAGGGUUUGGAGGGAUACCAUGAGAUGCUGAAUAAAGAGGGAGAAGUGGACUUUCUGUCAGGGCUGGACAAGAGUUACAUUCUGGAAAACAGGAGGGAUGGCUACACAGAUGAUCCUGGUGGAACAGACGAUGACGACAAAGAGUUAGACAGUUUAUCUGCUGGCUCUCAGUCUCCACCAAGCUGCUCUGCCGUUUCAACAGACAGUGAUCCGACUCUGGCAGACUUGGACCCAAGUGGUCUGAAAGAUGUGAAAUCGAGCGAUCACAUUCUGAAUAACUCCAGGAUUGAAGUUGUUUUCCAGUCUGACAGCAGGGGCGCUGGUAUGAAAGAUCUGGUCAGGCAGUUCAUCAGGAAGGCUAAACUGGCCCUGGCCAUAGUGAUGGACAGCUUCAGUGACGUGGAGCUGCUGUGUGAUCUUCUGGAGGCGAGCAGGAAGAGGAACGUGUCCGUUCAUCUGCUGCUGGAUCGUCUCAACAUGAACCUGUUUCUUAACAUGUGGCAGGAACUUAACCUCAACAGCAAAAACUUCCCUAAGCUGUCGGUACGAAGUGUCCACGGACAAACCUACUGUUCAAAGACAGGCAGGAAGGUGACGGGUCAGAUUGCUGCGAGUUUCAUCAUCACUGACUGGGCCGAGGUGCUGACUGGUUCAUACAGUUUCUCGUGGCUUUCCUGGCAGGUUCAUCGGAGUCUUGCUGUUCUUAUGAAGGGCAGCACAGUCGCACCUUUCCAUCAGGAAUUCCACCGGCUCCACUCCAGCUCCAGACCAGUGGCAGGUUUUGUCACUUUCAUCACUUUGCCACACAGCGUUUUUCUUAAUUCCAGACCACAUGAAGCUCAGAAUAAUAACACUGGCAUCACUAAGCGGAAAUCUAACCGGACCAAAACAAAUACGUGCCUCUGGGCUUGGAAUGAAAAUCCUGAAAACACUCAGACAGUUUGGUGUAAUCCACCGAGCAUAGAAGGAGAGAGCGAUAAGCAGCCUGUGCACAGAGCUGACACAGGUUUGCAAACACAGAGCAAAACUCCACAACUGUACCCAAAACCUUUGGCUCAGCUGGGAGCACAGAGUAGUGUGCAGCAUGUACCUGUGGAAAAGCCCAAACAUACAGUGGGAGCUCUGCGUACUCAGCCUGAGGCAAGAAGAAAUAUGGAACCUCUGGAGAAGAAUCAAGGCCAGAUCCACUGGCACUCAAACCCUCCUGAUCAGACCCACUUCUCAUAUGUUCAGUCUCAGCUAGCCAAUGUUACAAUCACCACCACCACUGAAAACAACGCAAGAGUUCAAGAGCCAAGUCUUCUACGCACCGCCUCCCCAACACACGGACAGCACAGGACUGUACGCUACCAAUCCACACUGAUGAAGAAUUCAAGUCUUGAUCACCCAGAUGUGGCUACUGAAGGGUUUUUCUUUCAGCAAAGGGGCAGACAUAUACUUCCUACAGGCCUGAACACCCAGAGAGGACAGUGGAACUACUCACUAAACUUUCAACCAAAGCUGGAACUUCCAUCUGAUAAUCCCAAACUCCUGACUCCUUCUACAUCUCAGCAAAAACAACCAAAUACCAGAAUUCAGUUUCCUUUCAGCAGCCCAAGAGGACACUCUACUGGGCCACAAACCACCUUUUUAGAAACCAGAAGGCAAGAUCAGCCCCAGAGGCGCUGCCAGUCCCCACUUCAAUCCCAUCCUAACGCAGAUUCCCCAGGUCCAAAGUCGGCAUCAGCAGGAAUGCUUACUCAUCUCAAGCCUCAGCUCCAGACAGACUCCAAACUGUUCAUGUCAAGAUCCAGGAUCCCUCCACAGCCUCAGCCCCCCCAACAGAGGAUCAGCUGGACUCCACAAAGUAAUCAAGCUGCGAUGGCCGGAGCCGUGCUUCGUCACAGCUCCUUCAGGAUGGGACAGAAUACAGGAGGACGGCCGGGCUGGAGGCCGUUUCAGAGCAGCAUGAAUUCAUCACUGGCAAGAAGCAAGAGCAUGACUGACAGACGCACGGCAGGCUUCAGAGGAGCAGGCCUUCAUCAGAACCGGACUUAGAAAUCUACACACUGUGGAGAAAUGUAGGUCACAAAUAUUCACCCUCACACUGACACACAAGAGCUGCAAUUAUGCAAAACAUACUGUCCUCAUCUUGUUUGUGUAAAACAAACAUGGUUGAUAUUCUACUGUAAAGCUCAGAAAAUUAGAUUUGUUGAAAAGUAUAUUAUCGUUAAACACAAUAAACUCCUUCCAGAGCUUAA